GUUACGAGGCGUUCCUGGUCAUCUACGUGGCCUCGUACGCGUGGUCGGCGUUCCGGCUCUGCGUCAUCUACGGCCUCCGGCGGUACCUGAGGACGUACUGGAACUGCCGCCUUGGACGUGAGGGCGAACGGCCAGCGUGACCUCGAACGCAAGUACUGGCACAAGUACGACCCCACGCUCAUCGGUGAGGGCGUCUUCUGUCUGGCGACCAUCAUGGCCUUUUUCAAGCUCUCCUUCGUCUGUCAGCUCGACUACCACCUGGGCCCCUUGCAGAUAUCCCUGGGAAAGAUGACCAAAGACGUCGCCAAGUUCAUCGUCAUCUUCGGCAUCGUUCUCUUCGCGUUUAGCUCCGGUGAGACGAUCGCCGACGGCUCUUGUAUCGCUCGGAGUGAAAUCCUUCCCUUCUCUUCAGGACUGGCCAAGCUGUACCAGUACUACGACGAGAUGAUCUUCGUGGACGACGACAGCAAGCUCAAGACCCAGCAGGUCGGCUCCUUCGUCAGCUUCGCCUCCAGCAUCAAGACCCUUUUCUGGGCCAUCUUCUGCAUGAGUCCCAUCGAGAGCGCCGACGUCGUCAUCGAGAACCUCCCGGGCGACACCGAGGUCGAGACCAUCGUUAACCAGCACACCUUCACCGAGACCAUCGGCUAUGUCGCUUUCGCCGGGUUCGAGUUCAUCUCGGUGGUGGUGAUGCUGAACAUGCUGCUCGCCUGCAUGACCAACACCUUCACCAGGGUUACUCAGCGCGUAGACGUCGAGUGGACCUUCGGCCGCACCGAGGUUGGUUAUCGAUUCUCUCGUUCCGUCGACCGCCUUCGACGAGGUCGUCGUCUCUUCCAGGUCUACAUCGAAUUCAUGGCGCAGACCGCGCUUCCGCCUCCCUUCAAUCUUAUUCCUACGCCCAGAGCCAUCGGCGUUACGGUCGAGUUCUUCAAGGUCCUCUUCAAGCCGACUCCCGAUAAAAGGGUCCGGUGGAAUCUCAAGAACUGCUGCUAUAUCGUAAGUCCUCGAACCGCCGAUUGUCUUCCUUAAAGGGGCUCGACGUCGACCUUUCACCGGACGAGCCAAAUUCUUUCCGAGUUCGAAAGACUGUGAGAAACUUUAACGUCGACGAGCUCGCCGAUGAGAUCUCGAUCUCGACCGAUCUACCGUCGAAUCGUGGACCUCGGGAAAUCGUUUCUUCAAAUUCUGCCGCGCGCUCCACGUGUCCAGGAAGAUCUCGGGGAGGAGAAUAAAAAGGAGUUCGACAGCGUGAUACUGCAGCUGGUGCAGCGAUACUUCCGGAAGAGGGCGGAAGACGCCGACGUCGAGGAUCUGAAGAAGGAGCUCCUGGAGCUGCGGACCAUUCUGAAGGGCGCCCUCGAGCCGGAAUGAGAUCGGAAACGCGAUUCCUCGAGAAAUUCCCUGACCACGAGGAGCAUCCUCCGGACCCAUCUCGAGGGUGCCUCGCGGAUCCUUCGGGGGUCCCGCAGGAUUCUCGGCCUUGCCUCGAUAUUCGAUACCCUCGCGCGGUUUAUCGACACGGCACGUUUUGCUAGUCCAGUCCGACCGGUCCAUUUUAGAGAGAAACCGAGCACUCGCUUCGUUCGCCGAGUUGGCCGAGACAAAUGGGAUCAUCCAAAUCGCUGGUGGCCGUGCACCAGAUAGCAACGAUAAAGGCCCAGAUUCUGCUCGUACUCCCGUUUAAUGUUACCGGAGCGGACGGUUCGCAUCGGAGUUGAAAAUUCCCCCUGGGAAUCAACGGGGAGAAAACGAGGAGAAGAAACCGGGGAAGGAGGCGCGUUGCCUCCGGAGUCGUUCGUCGGUUUAAGCGACUCGAUUCGCCUCUCGAGUAGCUCGGUGUUUUCGGUGGAAUCGGUCGGAGAGUCGACAACUCGAUUCCAGUUCCUGGCCAUGGUCGAGAUCUUGAAAGAGGGCCAACUUUGCUGUCGACGAUAAAAAAAGAGACGCUUUUCAGCGAUAGAAACGUAUUCAAUGGAAACGCGGAAGUUGAACCCACCAAAGCAGAGUAUAUUUUCCGGCUUCGUAAAAAAUCUAAUGACUCGAUAUUUAAGGCUUCUCGAUUUUCUCGAUGUUUCGCGUCGCUCCGCUCGAGAUACGAUUCAACUUUUAUUCCGUCUCUGGAAAGUUUUCGCUUCAAGAUUGAGAAUAACCAAGCAUCCGAUUAAAAGGGUUAAAGCGGUAACAACCAGUCGUUAACUCUUAACGAUAACCGCUGUCUCGACGGAGUGUCAGCUUUGUUAGGAACGAUAAGAGAGGGCCUCUUAAAAGCUCCAAAGAUGGGGGGGAAGAAUAAUGUCAGACUUCCAAUGAAACUCAACGAGAGUGACAAUAAGGAAUUAAAGGAGAGAGAGAGGUAAGAGCGGACAAACAAGCCAGGAGCUUAAUAAUAAUGGAAAGAUCUCCGAGCUUCUUUUUCAGCUACGAAGAACGAUCAGUCCAUUAGAAGAAAAUCGAUGGAUACUAAUUGACGUCCAACUGGAAGGAACUUUUAACGACCCCCUGAAAGCACUUACGUCCAGGACGAGAAGAAACUCCUCGGCGGAGCAAGAAAGUCUCGAGAAACCCGACGUCACGCGAAUUCUGAGGAUAUUUAACAGGUUUUCGUCCUC